AUGAUAGAAGCAUAUUUGGAUGAUUUUGAUAAUGAAGUGGAGAUAAAGUGUCAGGCGAUGCGACUGCACGCGGAUGAGCUUUGUCAACAACUCAGAAACAACUUUGUUCUAAACAUAAUGCAAUUGCCCUCGUCAAUUAGAUCAAUGACCAUUGCCGACUUUAUCUCACAAUACACACAGUUGGCUAACCAACAAGGACACUCAACAACAACAACAACAAACAACAAUUCCAAUGACAUUACCAACAAUAUUAAUGAUGGACUCCAAAAUGAGGCAAAGAUGGACCAGCUAGAUCUUAUGACCAAGAGGAUGUUUGACAUUUUGAAUGAACCCAUUCAUCACAUGACCAAGAAUUGUUGA